AUCAACAACAACUACAAAUUUCACCUCAAGAUCAAUCAACUCAACACAAAACUUCUCACAUAACCCAACCCCAACCACCACAAUGGAUACCAUCAAGAACACCGCCAACUACGUCUCUGACAAGGCCUCUGAGCUCACCAACUCCGCUUCCAAGGAGACCAACAAGCAGGUCGCCAAGGACAGCGACGUGAGCAUCACCGACCGCGCCAAGGCUGGCAAGGACUACGUUGGUGACUCGCUCGACGAGCACAAGGACAAGGCUUCUGCCGAGACCAACAAGCAGAAGGCCACCCACUAAGUGGUUUCUCACUUCGGAUACCCACGAUAUGAGUCUGGAUUUUUUGGCGUCUACGGCAUGAUUUCUUCCUCAGUCAUCAUGGCUUAGUGGAAUGUCUAUGGCCUGAUGGCGGGUAGUUCAGUAGCGGGAGGGACAUGGGAUUUUCGCAGCAUACCCCUAGGAUAGUUUACCUAAACUCGAGAAUUCAACUCCUUGAAGAAGCAA